AUGCUCCCGGAAAGGCUGACCCUAGAAUAUUUAACGGCGUCCUUGGGGCCUAGCGGAGUCUCAUUCUGGUCGCGUAGCGUCGGUGCUCUUGACGCGGGACGCGAUAAAUCAGCGCUCCGGCGCGUGAGCGAGAGGAAGACAGGCGUCCGUCAGAACACCGUAAAACUGCCCAGCACCCAAAAGCGCAAAGUGGAGGGAGGUCUA